CCCUUUCUGCUGACGUCAACGUUUGUCUGAUGCUGCCAUGCGAGCGGCCCUAAUCAUUUUCACAUGUUAGUGAUCGCGGAUCUGCCUUGUAACCAGCGAUAUUUUAUUAUUUCUUCUUUUUCCUCACUUCUUCUUUCUCCCAUUCAUUGCCAUGACUGUAAUGAUAUAUGGCUGUACGGGAUACAUGGGCACUAUGGUAUCCGAGGCCAUGGCUCAACAUCCUCAAUUAAGUCAAUUAUGCGUGCUGAGUGGCAGGUCCACGACCAAAGUGCGAAACUUAGCUACUCGACUCUCGCUACCUUGGUGCUCAUUUAAAUUGUCAGACUCGUUAAUCGACCACUAUCUAAAAGACAUCAAGGUCGUCUUGAACAUGGCUGGACCAUACAUUGAAACAACGGAACCGCUCAUUAUGUCAUGCAUACGAACCCAUACCGACUAUUUAGAUAUCUCCAAAGAACAACAAUCACUACAACUGCUUUUCCAAAGUCUAUCAGCGCAGAUCCAGAGUGCAAACAUAAUCGCCAUCCCUGGUCUAGGAUUCGACAGUGUAGCCACCGAUUGCCUCGCAGCACUUUUGCGGCAUCAUCUCCCAACGGCAACUCACCUCAACUUAUCGUUUGCAUUUUCAAAUAUUGCCGAUGGCAUCCCUGUCUCCCGUGGUAUUUGGAAAACGAAUGUUCGAAAUAUGUUCUCCGCCGCUGACAUGAAUCUUGCAUGUGUUGAAGGGGCUAUUCAAGAGGUCCCGUUAUUUUACAAGUCACGAACCGUCACUUUCCCCAAUGCUGGCAAAGCUUUGGUAGCCACCGCUGGCGGAGCAAAUUGCUACAUAGCCAGUCGAUCCACACAUAUUGAAAAUAUCGACACAUUUAUACCCAUUGAUGUCAACAUAAUGCGUUUGAUACUUUUUUUAUGGCGGGUUUUUGCCUUCCUACUUCGAUGGAUCCCUCUUAUGCACUGGUUUAUUCUACAUGUGAUGGAUUAUAGUUUGACAAAGGGCCCCACGGAAUAUCAACGAAAAGGGAAGCGCAUUGAUGUUUGGGGUGAAGUACGAGACGCCCAACAAGGAAAGGUUAUUCGGGGAUCUAUUCAAGUUAUGGAAGCGUAUGGAUUUGCCCAACAGGCUGCUAUUCAAGGUGUUCUACGAAUCAUCAGCGAUCGACAUAUUUCGCCAGGCGUAUGGACACCAAGUCAAGCGUUUGGACCCGAGUUUGUGCUGUCUAUCCCAGGCACGGUAGCCUACACAUUUGUCAAAUUUGAACAUAAUCAACAAACCGCCAAAUCCUCCGUCUCCUCCACCGCAUCUGCUACCACCACAGCAUCCAAAUUGGCUGCUCAAAGUAUACCACCACUCCUACAUGGUUCGCACUAGGAUUCACCCACC